AUGGCCUUCUAAGAGAGGAGCCUGGGCACAUGCCCAGACCCAAACAAGAGACUGUGGCUGAGGAAAGUCAUGGGUGACCAGAAUGGGCUCAGGAAGUACCUGUGGGGGAAAGCAGGGUGGAGCUGCCUCCAGGGCUGGGGGGACAUUAGAGAGGCCUCAGAGAGGAGGUCACUCUGGAGUAGGGGACAAGAGCUGGAGGGUGUUGCGUCCUCAGGCUUCUGGUGCUCACUGCACACUUAAUUUCUUCUUCCUUUUGUUAGCUGCAAAAUAAUAGCUACUACGGGUAACAUUUCGAACAGCAGAGAAUACAGAAAGAAUGAAAGCUCCUCCUCCUUCACAAUUUCCCCGUGGUCAAUGGGAACUCUUGAGUGUUUAUCCUUCCAGACAUUUUUCUAUGAACCAACAAACAGUAUUUUUUUAAGUAAAGAAGAAGAGGAAUAUCAGAGUGAGCAAGACCUGGGAUCUACCCCUGUGAUCUAUGAAUUGGUACAAGUUACUCAACACCAUGUUCAAAAAGCCUCUUCGUGGGUCUUUCUCCGUGCUUCAGCCACUUCCUUCCUCAGCCUCUUCCUCCCUGGUGCAUUGAAGAAGGUACCCGGGUCCGGACUGAGGCGGCACCCCGUUCUUCACAGGAGAAGAAACCGAGGCCGAGAGGUAGCAAUGAAUGUGGAUCAUGAAGUUAACCUCUUAGUGGAGGAAAUUCAUCAUUUGGGUUCAAAAAAUGCUGAUGGAAAGUUAAGUGUGAAAUUUGGGGUCCUCUUCCGAGAUGACAAAUGUGCCAACCUCUUUGAAGCAUUGGUAGGAACUCUCAAAGCUGCAAAACGAAGGAAGAUUGUUAUGUACCCAGGAGAGCUACUUUUGCAAGGUGUUCAUGACAAUGUUGACAUUAUAUUGCUUCAGGAUUAAUGUAGUUCGCAUAUUUAUGAAUUGCUAUUUUUUGUUUCUGGUAAACUGGAAUAUAAGUCAAACAACAAAUGUUUGAACCUACUUAAUGUAUUUUUAUAGAACUUUGUAAACGAAAGGAGACUCAUAUUUUAGAAGUCUGUCCUUUUUUAUAUCUUGAAAGAAAUUUAUGUAUUACACUGUAAUAUAAACAAGUCCUGUUAUUUUUCUUAGGAAUCUGGUUGGAAAAUGUAGCCAAUGAGGCUUUUUUUUUUUGGUGGGGAUAAGGGAGUAUUUGUUUCAUAAAUCAUUCUUAGACAAUUUCUACAGAUAUUUGACAUUCUGUGAAAGCAAGGAGCAAACUGAAGACCAACUGCCAUGAGAAAUAUCAUAAUGUUUAUGUAAUAAAGACAUGAAACUGUC